AUCAAGAACACAAUACUUACAAAAGCUAUUUAAUAUUUAAGUUUUACUUACUAACUAUAGUAAAUAUAUUUUCAUAUAUUCUUUUGUUAGAUAUUGGAGGAAGAUUUGAUGGAAAGUCAUUUAUGAAAUAUGACUUUGAUAUGAUAAAUUCAUCAUUAAAUACCAUGUCUAUAAAAUUAGCAUUUUCAAUAUCUGAAUAUAGAUCUGCCACCAAACAAUUAAUAUUAUUUAUUCAAUUUUCAGAGAGUGAAAAUUAUAUUAUGGUUACGAUUUUACCUCAGGGAUCACUUUCUAUUGAAGAAAGAUUUAAUGCUUCUGUUAGCAAAAUACACAUAACAAAAAACACUUCGUUUGUUGAUAAUUUUAGACAUUGGAUAUAUUAUCAAAGGAAUAAUGACAUUGUUGAUCUUGUGGUAGAUGGUGAUGUAUAUCCUGUAAACAGGCAUAUUGUGACAUCCUCUUUACUUCAUCGUCAUUAUAAUUAUAGUAGUGUUUUAAUUGGAAGUCUGUAUCCUUUUGAUUCAAAAAUUUCUGACAUGAAAAUCUCAAAUUUUAGUGGAUGUUUAUCAAAUUUAAUUGUGACUUUUAAUGACAUAGAGAUUAAACCACUAGAAGCAGCAUUUGGCUAUGAGAAAGGUACACACCAGAAUGUUCAAAUCUUUGGUGGCGUGACACAGACACAUUGUGCAGAAUUUGCUGACAAUACUAAUUAUAUUAAAAAUAUUCUGCCUUUAUUACCUGAUAUUUUAAAAGAAGAAUGGAUAUCAGAACUACCAAAAAUAAUUCCAUAUAAAUUUGAACUUCCAAAUGAAAAAGUAGAACAUCUAGAAAAAAUUAAAGUUAUCAGUUCACGUGUAGCAAUAACCAUGGCUGUAUUUUUGCUGGUGGUACUGAUUGGUGUGAUGAUCUAUGUUUGGCGACUUCAUAAAAGAUAUCAAAGAAAACAGUUUGAAGAAGAGGCACGGUUUUUUAAAUCCAGGAAGAGUCUCUCUUCACCAAAAGUCACUUUUCUGGACAAUAAUGAUUUCUACAACUCAUGGCAUGAAGUAUCUCCAUCUCCUGACCUAGAAACCGAAAUCCCAAUCAACCUUUUUUUCCCUGCUGACCCAAACAAUGCAAACGUGCAUCACCUAGAUGACUCCGACGUUGUCGAGAUGACUCCUCUUAGGAAUUACUCUUCUCGAGAUUUCGAAUGGGACCUGACCGGCGAUGACGCAGAAUCUACAAUGAUGGAGUCAAACAAUUCAAGUUCGGAUGACGAACGACGGUACGACGAAAAUAUUCACGAACCGGACAGUGGAGAGUAUCUUACAGUAAUUCCCAAAGAGGUAAGUUUUUUUACGUGGAAAAACUUGAUUUAUUAUUUUUAGCGAGAGAAAGUAACAAAAAUCUCCGAUGUAAUAAUAAAUUAAUUAAUUUAUCGAGAUCUAUUUUUUCAUAAAAAUAGCCUUUUGUGACAAAAGUUAGUUUAAAAAUUUAAUUCCGUUUACUUUUCUGGAAAGAGUGACGAUUUCUCAAACGCUAUUAGGAAAAAUUAGCGAGGUUGAGGCCGAAGUUUUAUACGGUAAAA